AUGGUCCGUUACGCUGCUCAGGACAUUCCGGCCGCUAAGAGCGCCCGCGCCCGGGGCUCUUACCUGCGCGUCAGCUUCAAGAACACCCGUGAGACCGCUCAGGCCAUCAACGGCAUGAAGCUCCAGCGUGCUCUUACUUUCCUUGACAACGUCACCAACAAGCUCGAGGCUGUCCCCAUGCGGAGGUUCGCUGGCAGCACCGGCCGUUGCGCUCAGGGCAAGCAGUUCGGUGUUAGCAAGGCUCGCUGGCCCGAGAAGUCCGCCAAGUUCCUCAUCGACCUCCUGAAGAACGCUGAGGCCAACGCCGACACCAAGGGUCUUGACACUGGCAACCUCGUUGUCAAGCACAUCCAGGUCAACCAGGCCCCCAAGGGCCGCAGACGCACCUACCGUGCUCACGGUCGUAUCAACCCCUACAUGACCAACCCUUGCCACAUCGAGCUUAUCCUUACUGAGGGUGAGGAGGUUGUCCAGAAGGGUCCCGUUGCCAAGGAGGCUCACCUCUCCUCCCGUCAGCGUGGCCUCCAGGUCCGCCGUGCCAUCCAGGCAUAA